AUGGCUCCCUCCGUGGACAGACACGGCUACUGGGGGCGACCCACCUCGACUCUGGACUGGUGCGAGGAGAACUAUGUCGUCUCAUACUACAUCGCGGAGUUCUGGAACACGGUUAGCAAUCUUAUUAUGAUCAUUCCUCCUAUUUUUGGAGCCAUUCAGACGUUUCGGGAUGGACUGGAGUUCCGCUAUAUAGGUUCUUUUAUCGGCUUGGCAGCUGUUGGCGUUGGUUCCUGGUGCUUUCAUAUGACACUGCUUUAUGAGAUGCAGUUGCUUGAUGAAUUGCCAAUGAUCUACAGCACCUGUGUCUUUGUGUACUGUCUAUAUGAAUGCUUCAAACAAGAGAAGACUAUUAGUUUCUUUCUAAUUGCAUUGCUAUUAUUUUUCAGUAUAUCUGUUACUGUGGUCUAUCUACAGUGGAAGGAGCCAGUAUUUCAUCAGGUCAUGUAUGGGGCCCUUGUAGCCUGCUUGGUGAUACGGUCUAUCUUUAUUGUUACGUGGGUGUACCCCUGGCUGAAGCCGCUGUGCUACACCUCCUUAGGAAUAUUCAUGUUGGGAUUUCUACUCUGGAAUAUUGACAACAUAUUCUGUAACUCCUUGAGAGCGGGCAGAGAAGCACUGCCCUCUGGUGUUGGAGUGGUGCUGACGCAGUUUCAUGCAUGGUGGCACAUCUUCACGGGCCUUGGUUCUUAUCUGCACAUACUUCUGAGCCUGCAAAUCAGAGCAACCUACCUCAAGUACAGACCAAAAGUGAAGUUUAUGUGCGGAGUGUGGCCGACUCUGCACGUGGAGCCGCAGAAGAGCAGCUGA